UGAACAUUGGGUCCGCAUAUCGAUAUGGUCAUUUCCCGCAAUGCGGGCAUCGACGCAACGAUACGGACAACAGUGGGCAGCUAACUGCUCGGGACCGGGAUUAUCCCCACUCAGUUACUUACCUCCGCAUGAACAAUCCCGCUCUGCUGAUCUUGGUUCUCAUCGGACGAUGAUGCUUCUCUACGAUUACAUCCGCUCUCACGUAUACGCUUGCGAUCGUACCCGCCGGCGGCUUUCCGAAACUGCUACUCCCGCCUGCAUCUACCGUGGAGCUGGUCGAGACUGUGACCGGCCAUAUGGUUAUUCCGCGUCCCUUUCUUCAGGCACAGAAUCGCUUCGCGGGCGAACGGACGACGUUUGCUAUUCUCGCACGAGAGAAGAACGCGGAUCGUCCGCGAUGCUUCACCGCUGGAGGUCGUCAAUCGACCGAUGUGUUCCUGUCGCUCUGCAGGUCCAGGCUGACCCGGUGCUGCGACGAUGA